GAGGGCUCAGAUCCAUGACAUUGCGUGCACUGGGCUGGUGUUCUGCCCAGCCCCAUGGCCAAACAGCAGCUGGGCCCAGGCCCAUAUGGCCAAGUUAAGGGUAUUUUUGCAAUAGUAAUCCAAGUAUUUAAAUGGAGUAGAGGGAUAUUUUGGUCAAUUAAUGAUCAAGAUUUUUUCCCCAGUUCGUGAUGCCAUCUCCUUUGGCAGCAGAUGGAGAAGGAUAGAGGGACUUGCAGCUGUGGGUGGGUUGCGUUGUUCUCCGAUCAUCAAGCAUGUGCCAGCCGUUGAGUUUGGGAGGGAGGUUCGAAGGUCACAAGAUCUAGGGUAAGUUAGUCGUUUCCAUCUUCUCCUUCUGGGCUGCAAUUUCUGGCGACAGAGACUGGGAGGGAGGUUCAAAGGUCGCGAGCGAGAGCUAGGGUUCGGUAGAAGUUCGUGUUUGUGUUCGCGUUCGUCUUCUUAUUAGUAUCCGUGUUUCCUAGCAUUAAGGUGAAAGGGCCAGCAUAAAUAUGGCAGAAGGAGAUGAGGAUUUGCCGAGGGAUGCAAAGAUUGUGAAAUCACUUCUAAAAUCAAUGGGUGUUGACGACUACGAACCUCGUGUUGUACACCAAUUUCUAGAACUAUGGUAUCGCUAUGUUGUUGACGUAUUGACAGAUGCACAAGUCUACUCAGAGCAUGCUGGCAAGGCAACAAUAGACUGUGAUGAUGUGAAGCUUGCUAUUCAAUCGAAAGUCAAUUUCAGCUUCUCUCAACCCCCACCACGAGAGGUCCUACUAGAGCUAGCUAGGAACAGGAACAAGAUCCCAUUGCCAAAGUCAAUAGCAGGGCCUGGAAUCCCACUCCCACCUGAACAAGACACAUUGAUCAGCCCCAACUACCAACUUGUGAUCCCAAAGAAACAAACUGCUCAGCCUAUGGAAGAAACAGAGGAAGAUGAAGAAAGUGUUGACCCCAACUUGUCUCAAGAGCAUAAGACAGAUUUGCUGCAGCACACUCAUCAAAGGAUCUCCUUUCCUCUUGGAGCUAAACGCCCGAGGUGAGAGAAUUUUCAACCAAGGGCCUUUGGAGAAACACGCUCUUGGCAGUAACUUCGAUGCCAGGAGAGGCAAGAGGGGAGAUGGAUGAUUUAUUAGACUUAUAUUGCUAUUUACCAUGUAAUGAUGAGAAUACUUAUUGACAGUUUUUGUAUUGAGGAAUUGAAACAGUUGAAUGCUUAUGCUGAUAGCAUAAUUCUUUUGGACA